GGCAGCCUGUCGGCUGUCACACUCACUCGCACUAAAUAGUUAGCCACGUGUCCACACGAUUAAAUUGGUUACGAGCUUUUCAAACGGCGCCUUUUUCUUUGUCGCCAUCACCAUAAACGCGAGUCGCGACCUCUUCAUUCCUUCAUCUUCAUUUAUUCGCUAAAAAACAAGGUCAAAACAGCAUACUCCCGGAAAACGAUGACGCAUUACUCUCGUGGCCGCGCAGACGAGGUCGAUGACUUCGACGAAUACGAUCCUACUCCGUACGGAGGCGGCUAUGACAUCGUGCUCACAUACGGUCGUCCUCUCCCGCCAUCCAAUGAGACCUGCUACCAUCUCUCCUCGUCCUCGCCGUCCGAUGACUUCGACUACGGUCGGCCCCAGUACUCCUCGUACGCAGAGCCGUCUGCCUAUCGCGACGAGGCCCUCGAGACAGAGUACAGCAGCUACGCCCGCCCCAAGCCCCGGCCCGCACUCUCUCCACCUGGAGGGGGACAGUUUGGAGGAGGUGGUUACGGGUUCCCUUCCCCUGGGGUGAACAAGCCCGGACAUGGUGUACCCGAUUACGGGUCGGAGAGACCAGGAUCGCAAUACGGAUCAGGGUAUGACCGAAAGAGCGAGUACGGGCAGCCCGAAUCGGAGUACGGGCGGAAGAGCGAGUAUGCACAGGCCGAAUCGGCAUAUGGAUCAGGGCACGGCCGCAAGAACGAGCACGAGCAGCAUCCUGGAUCUGGAUACGGCCGGCAGAGUGGGAACAAUCAGCAACCCGAAUCGGAGUACCGGCGGAAGAGCGAGUACGAUCAGGUCGAAUCUGGAUACGGAUCAGGGUAUGGCCAGAAGAACAAGUACGAGCAACAUCCCGAAUCGGAAUAUGGUUCCGGUUACGGGCGGAAGAGUGAGUAUGAGAAGCCACAUUCACCGGAAUACGGAUCCGGGUAUGGCCGAAAGACCGAUUAUGAGACUCACGAGUCAGAGGACGGAUCAGGUUAUGGGAGGAAGCCCGAGUAUGAGGCGCCCCUGUCUGAGUACGGAUCAGGGUAUGGGCGGAAACAGGUUCAUGAGCAACAGGGUGGUGGUGGGUAUGGGUAUGGAGGGAGGAGUGAGAGGCCGAGGGAUGAUCCGCCUCGGAGGCCGAGUUAUGGGCGGUCCGGGGAGGAGAGCUAUGAGAGGCGUGAUGAUGAUGAUGAUGAUAGUGGCGAGAGGCGCAAGCAUGGAUACGGUGAAGAGAGCUAUGGGCGCAAGAAAUACGGAGAUGAUGGCUCUGAUGAUGAUGAUGAUGAGAAGAAGAAGAAGCACCACGGUUAUAAGCAUCAACAUCACCACCACCGCAAGAGCGAUGAUGAUGAGUGAUUGGAAUGCAUUCGGGUUGGUUUGUGAAUGGGAUUCAUGCCAUAAUUAGCUACUAAAUAAUGGGUUGAGGCAUGAGUAAUCUUGAAUCUUUUAAAGUAGUAUUGUACUGAUGGAGUAUUCCAUACUCUUUACAUAUUUAGCUCUAUAAACUCGAUUUUGUUUUAGUGUGCGUGAUUCUAAAUAAAAUCCCAGAUAAUAUUUGGGCUG